AUGUCUGUUACUGAUAAUGAGAAAUCUUUGUCAACUGUCAAAGACAAUGUUUAUUCACAAGCGUUGGGCCAAAAUGAAUUUCGUAAUCAUACCUAUCCAUGGGGUAUGGAUCCAACUAUAUAUCUUGUAGAAGCACGUCAACAAUCACGUAUUAAUAAAUUUCUUACGUUACGAAAAUCUCUUACAACUAUGACUCAAUCAUCAUCAUUAAAUAAAGAACACAAACAAAAUGAUAUUUAUGAAAUUACAAAUAUAUUUGAAAAUUUAAAAACUAUGCGUUCUGAAUUAUUAGCAUUAAAUCAAUCUGAUACUGACAGUGCUACGCAAUUUGGAAAAGAAAUAGCAAUUAUUAUAACUGAUUUACUCUUACGUGUUGUUCAUCAAAUAGGUCAAACAAAUAUUCAUACACCGACAUUAGAAUCAAUUAUUGCUUAUAUAAGAAGUUUAAUGCAUACAAGAUCAGAACAUAUGCGACAAACAAUACCUGGUUCAUUAUUAAUAUCAUGGUAUGAAUUAUCACAUUUAAUGUCAUCAAUGCAAAAUGAACCAGAAUUAAGAAUAACAAAUAUAAAAGCAAGACAAUUAAUAGAUGUUGCUCGUGAUACAGCUGCUUGGGCUUAUAAACAUCUAACGACAGAACGUUUAACUAAUGAGCGAAUUGGUUUUAAAGAUCGAAGUAGUUUAGCUUAUACUUAUGAAUGA